ACUUUCAAAAUAUAUAUAGCCAUAAGCAGUUUUAUUUUGUCAGUUAGCCAUCCAUGUCAGUUACGACCACAUUUCAUGUCCGGGAUUAAGUCUUAACUUCAUGUAUGUGGUAUCAGUUGAAGUGGUUAAGGAAUAUUAUUUUUGGUUUAUGUUUAUGCUGUCAAAACUGAAUUUCGUCAAAAAGAGUUAUAGCAAUGAUUUUUACAAAGGGGCGCUGGAACUAUUUCAGGAUGCAAAAGAUAAUUUUAGUGAAUACUUUUUAGAAGUUUUAAAAUAUGUCAAUAAUGUGAUGAAUGCAGUUCUUGAAAGAAUGGAUGUGGUUCUGGAGUCAAAUGAGGUUUCAGAGUAUUCUCAACCCAAUCAUCUGAACAGUAGACACAACAACAAAUACAUACAUACUGGCGGGAACAUAGUAGGACAUCCUGGGAAAAGUUCUGCAAUCAGAAAUGAAAAUCUGCUACUAAAAUCAAUGGUGGAACAAGUAGUUGACAUAUUACGCAAAUACAGAAGCAUUUUUAUUUCGCAAAGCCAUCGGAAUAAUUCUAAAGAUGGAUCUACUUUCUUUGAGCUUGCAGUCGUGACAUCAGCGAUGUUUGAAGAUGCAAUGAGCUUUGUGCUUAGUAGAAGUACCGUAUUAACGUACACACAUGUAUUUCCAAGUGACUGUCGCAUGUUUAUUAGUGUACCUAUUUAUAUGGACGGUUAUAUAUACAGAAAAGACUAUCGUGCAAGUGCAUAGGUUUUGUCUUUCUUUAAACAAAAUGAUACCGGAUCAGUAUAGUCAAAUUUUACUUUGUUUCUCGUUAGAAUUGUUUCCUAUUUGUAUGAACUGUUUCCGUAUGAUUUUUAGACAAAAUAUUAAAACAAUCUUAUUCUG